GCUGCCGCUAAAUGACCAAUAGUCGCUCGAAUAACCGCUAUGUUGCUAAGCAAGAAAUUCACUAACUACAAAUCAAUUUUUAAAUUGAAAAGCUUAUUCGAUAAACAAAAAUGCUCGCUAACGAAAUGUCAACUAAGGUUUCAUUCACAAAAACGACUGGACGAAGCAUACAAAGCUGUAAAACACAAAUGCCACUCUAAAAAGUUACCACAGGAUGUGAAUCCACAGGCGGUUUUCGCCUGUAACGAGUUAGAUUUAAAGGAAGUGAAUGUCUACGGAUUUGAUUAUGAUUACACCUUGGCCUGCUACAAACCGUCCAUGGAACAUCUACUUUAUAACUUAGGUAGACAAACCCUAAUCGAACAGUUUAAAUAUCCGGAGGAAAUAGGCAAGCUGGAAUACAAGCCAGGCUUUGCUGUCAGAGGUUUGCACUAUGACAUUGAAAAAGGAGUCCUACUGAAACUAGAUUCAUUCCUACAAAUACAGUUUGGUUCCGUUUACAGGGGGCUAACGCCCUUAUCAAAUGACGAAGUUUUAAAACUUUACAAAAACAGAAUCAUACCUAUUGCAUAUGUUGAAGGGCACACAAAGAAUGCAUCGUUAACAUUGCAGAACACGAGUCACUCGAAAAUGGUGCAAUUGGCAGACUUGUUUUCUGUCCCAGAAAUGUGUUUGUUAUGCAAUGUGACUGAUUAUUUCGAACGUAAUCACAUUGAUUACCAUCCGGAAAUAUUGUUCAGAGAUGUCAAGAAUUCGGUCAAAUUGUCGCACCCCGUAAUGCACAAAGAAGUCUCACAAAACGUUUCUGAGUAUAUUGAGAAUAACGAUCAACUAAGGCCGUUUUUUGAUAGGCUGCUUAAUGCUGGAAAAAAAUUGUUUCUUGUUACAAACAGUCCGUAUAAGUUUGUCAAUAAGGGAAUGGAAAUGUUGGUGGGGCACGACUGGAAGAACUACUUUGAUGUGCUCAUUGUACAGGCCCGAAAGCCCAGAUUUUUCACUGAUGUCUCUAGACCUAUUAGGGUCUUUGAUGAACAAAGUGGCACCCAUAUUUGGGACAAAGUUACCAAGCUUGAAAAAGGUGUAAUAUAUUAUGAAGGAACUGUCAAACAAUUGCAAGAGCUGACAGGCUGGCGAGGCCACCAGGUGCUGUAUUUCGGUGAUCACCCUUACAGUGAUCUGGCUGACGUAACACUGGAGCAUGGUUGGAGAACUGGUGCCAUCAUAACUGAAUUAACACACGAAAUAGCAACGCUGAAUAACGUAAAUUUCAAGAAGAACGCGAACUGGCUGCAAAUGUUAACGCAGCUGAUAGAGGACCACCAAGACUGUGAGGACCCAGAGGAACAGAAGAUUUUAAUGAAGUGGAUGAAUGAAAGGGACAAACUGAGGAAUGACAUCAAAUAUGUGUUCAAUCAACAAUUCGGAAGUGUCUUCCGCACUUACCACAACCCCACGUACUUUUCAAGGAGGUUGUUCAGAUUUGCGGACAUUUAUACGUCGAACAUAACUAAUUUAUUGAAUUACUCGGUGAAUCACACGUUUUAUCCACGAAGGGGCGUAAUGCCCCACGAGUACAUCUCAUACUUUGUAUAAUCGGAAUCUCUUACUAGUAAAUACUUGAAUUAAAAUAGUGAACAAUGAAUUUCGGGUGCGUAAAUUCAUUGUUUACUAAAUGUAAUAGUCCAAUUGAAACAAGUAAUAUACCAAAUUAUUGGAAAAUAUUUUUCUCAAAAAGCUCUCUUUAUUGUUUCCGCUUUAUACUCAAAAAAAGUGCCUAUUUUGGCUGUGCUAAAUUGUUGAUUCGAUCGCGGUUUUUUCUUUUUAAUUUGCGGAAUAUCUGAAUAUGAUUGUUGAUAUUGUAAAUAAUAUACAUAAGAAUGUGAUAAUAAAUGUAUGCCAAGAGGAAAA